GCGCCAGCUUGUACUCCCACCUACGGCUGCCCGGGAACUGCCCAGCGCAUGGAUGCUCCCUCGCGCAUCAGAGCAUGGGGGUGAUACGCGUGCUGCUGUUUCCGUGCGGCAGCGGCGUCGCCGAAGAACUGUUCGAGGGCUUGCAUUUACUACGAGACGUCGAGCUCGUGGGCGCGACCUCAAGGUCGGCCGAAGGCGACCACGGGCCCUGCCUCUACAACGAGUACAUUACCGACGUGCCGCUCAUCCGCGAAGGGGAGAAGUGUUUCCAAACUCUCCGCGCGAUUGUCCGCGACCGGCGCAUUGACGUCGUCUUUCCCUGUUACGAUGAUGCGAUCCCGUACCUCGCGGCGCGGCGCGACUCGCUGGGUUGUGCGCUAUCGGCGCCGUCGCUGGAGACGUGUCUCGUGACGCGCUCGAAGCGCCUCACGUACGAACGUUUGGCGCCCCUCGGCGUCCGGUGCCCAGCGGUGUAUGAAGCAGGCGCCGCAGUGUACCCGUGCUUCGUCAAGCCCGAGCGCGGCCAGGGUAGCCAAUCCUCGGUCGCGUGCGGCGACGCGGCCGCACUCACCGAGGCGAUGCGCGCGUGCGCGGACCCGCUCGUCUGCGAGCUGCUGCCGGGCGAGGAGUACACCGUGGACUGUGCUUCCGAUAGGGACCGGGGUUUGGUCUGGUACGGGGCGCGGCGGCGAGUUCGCGUGAGAGCCGGCCAGUCCGUCUGCACGGAGUGGUGCGAUUUCCAAGGAACGCCGGACGGCGAUACCGUCAAACGGUACGCGACCCUCAUCUCCGACGCGUUCGGUAUGAGGGGGGGCUGGUUCUUCCAGCUCAAGCGCAACGCGGCGGGCGAGCUUGCGCUGCUGGAGGUCGCGCCGCGGCUCGCGGGCGCCGCUGGCCUCGCGCGGUGCCUGGGCGCGAACCUCGCGCAAUUGACUCUUCUUGAGAUCCGGAGGGACGCAGCGUGGUCGGUCAUGACAAACAUUACGUGCUACGCGCCGCGCCUGCGCAUGGAUAAGGCGUACGCGACCAUGCUCGUGCCGGACGCGGCGGCCGGUGGCGCCACGCCAGGGGCCGCCUACGACACCGUCGUCGUUGACCUCGACGACACGCUCGUCCUGGGACGUGGAGCCGGCCAGCGCGUUAACGUCGCGCUCGUUGCAUUCCUCUUCCAGGCGCGCAAUGCGGGCAAGAAGCUCGUCCUCGUCACGCGCUCGGCGAGCGACGUCAGCGUCGUGCUUGCACGGCACGCGCUCACCGAACUCUGGGCCGAAAUUCAUCAUCUUCGGGGCGGCGAGCCCAAAUCCGCGCACGUCCCUCCAACCGCGAUCUUCGUCGACGACAGCUUCGCCGAGCGCCGCGAGGUGGCGGCGGCGACCGGUGUGCCGACGUUCGACGCGACUAUGGUCGAUGCCCUCGUCGACCGCCGGCUCUGGCGCGCCGCGCCCGCCACGUCCGAUUCACCGGAAGCGUGCCCGACGCGGUACGAGGUCCGCGACUGCCUGACAGAUACGCGAGCGACCGGCGUCACCGUCGCUGCGAUCGACGUCGUCCUCCUCGACGCGCUGCGCGCGCGCGUAGCGUUGCACCUCGACGACCUUGCCGCGCGGCUUCUCGCCGCCCCGGGGGCGGCGCUAGACGUCGCCCCCGAGAUAUGGGCAGGCCUACGCGGCGCGCUCCGGCGCGCCAGCGCCCCCACGGCGGUCGUGGACGACGUCCACACGCUCGACGUGGACCCGAGGUCCGGCGCGACGAUCGUCGCCGACCUCUGCGCCGACAACUCCGAGAGCAUCGCCGGCGGUGCCUAUCGCUACAUCGCCUGUACCGAGGUCCUCGAGCACACGGCCGCGCCCUGGGCCGCCGUCGUCGAGCUUGCGCGCCUGCUCGCCCCCGGCGGCCUCCUCUACCUCUCCGUGCCCUACAACUUCCGGAUACACGGUCCCCUGCCGGACGCGUGGCGCAUCAACGAGCACGGCAUUCGCCACCUCGCCCGCCACGCAGGCCUCGAGCUUGUGGAGCUCAGCGCGUUAGAGACGCCCGGUCGGCCGCUCCACCCGGUUCACUACACCGUGGUCCUCGCAAAAGACCCCAGUUAGCUACGAGGGGUAAUAUAUGAGUACUAU